GUGGUCAUACCAACAUGAACACCUUAAAGGGGAAGAAGCUGUUCUUCAUAUCCACCUACGGAUUCUUGAUGAUGUUCUUGCCUCUACAAGUUUCUUAUUCAAGUGACACAAUAUUAACAAAUCAGUCUCUUUCAGGAUUUGAGACCAUUGUCUCGAGGAAUGGGGUCUUCGAACUCUGUCUCUUCUCACCAGGCUACUGUUACUGCAAGGCCUAUGCAUACAAUGGAGACCGGUGCUUGAUUUGGACCAGUGAUGACAUCUUUAAUCUGCAACAACUUGAUGCAAAUAACAGCGAGGGUAGGACGUUUUAUGUCAGGCUUUUUUACUCGGACAGCAUCUCAAAGGACAUCUCAAACGAAGGAAGAAGAAAUCAUCAUGAAGUCGGACCCGUCUUGUUUGCCGUUUUAGUACCAUUAAUAGGAGUAGCUACACUAUCCAUUAGUUUGUAUUGUUACUACUUUUCAUCUCCACCAAGAAGCAAAAGAGCGCAAAAAGACAAAGAACAGAGUAAAAAGAUACUUGAAGGAGGCAUAAUUGAUGGAGAAGAUAAUGAUGGAGGACAGAUGUUACACAUUACUUUGCAUGAUCUAAUGGCUGCAACAAAUGGUUUCUCAGAGGAAAACAAGUUAGGAGAAGGUGGUUUUGGUCCGGUCUACAAGGGAAAUCUACCAAACGGCAUUGAUGUGGCGAUCAAAAGGCUAUCUCAUAAGUCAAGCCAGGGUCUGAUAGAGUUCAAGAACGAAGUGGUUUUGAUCAUAAAACUUCAACAUAAGAACCUUGUGAAGCUUUUAGGAUAUUGCGUGGAUGGAGAGGAGAAACUCCUUAUCUACGAGUACAUGUCUAAUAAGAGCCUUGAUGCUUUACUCUUUGACACUCUUAAAAGCAAGGAACUGGAUUGGGAGAAGCGUAUGAAAAUAAUAAUUGGGACGACAAAAGGACUUCAGUAUCUGCAUGAGGACUCACGUCUCAAGAUCAUCCAUAGAGAUCUUAAGGCAAGCAACAUUCUUCUCGACGAUGAGAUGACUCCUAAGAUCUCCGAUUUUGGAACCGCUAGGAUCUUUGGUUGCAAACAGAUCGAUGACAGCACCCAAAGAAUUGUCGGAACAUUCGGCUACAUGUCACCGGAAUAUGCCUUAGGCGGAAUGAUUUCAGAGAAAUCGGAUAUUUAUAGCUUUGGAGUAUUGCUUUUAGAGAUCGUAUCAGGCAAAAAGGCAACGAGGUUUGUUCACGACAGAACACACAGCAUUAUCGCUUAUGCAUGGGGAUCUUGGUGUGAUACAAAAGGUGUAAGCAUCAUAGAUGAAUCUCUGGGAGAUUCAUAUUCUUUAAAAGAAGUGAUGCGGUGCGUUCACAUCGCUCUUCUUUGCGUUCAAGAUCAUCCUAAAGACAGACCCACGAUUUCACAAAUUGUUUAUAUGCUGAGCAACGAUCACGAUCUCAGGGUUCCAAUACAGCCAACAUUCACAAACGUUUUGAACUGCAAUCAGGUGUUACCACCAUCUGACUAUGUAUUCUCUAUUAACGAAGCUACGCAAUCAACAAUGGAAGGACGAUGAAAACUUGGUAAAUGCUGUUUAAGAGAGAUUGAAUCUGAUUCAACUUGAAAUUAUGUUAUUUUUUCUCCUUAAAGUUAUAUACAUUUGGUUCAAGUGUAACUCCAUUGUUCAGGGGGUAUCGAAACAUGUAACAUGACAAUUAGAUACAACACACAAAAAUUGUUACAUGUUCA